AUGGUGACCAAGUUCUACCAGCAUCUCUUGGCCUUGGUGUUUGCUGUAAAUGAGGUAAAUGAGGAUCCCCAGCUUUUGCCCAAUGUCACCCUUGGAUUCCAUAUUUAUGAUAGCUACUAUGAUGCAAGGAUGGUCUACCGCAAUAUCUUGGAUCUCCUCUCAAAAGCUGACCGGUUUGUCCCCAACUUCCACUGUGGGGUGGAGAAAAACCUCAUAGCUGUCAUUGGGGGGCUCGGCUAUGAUAUUUCCUUCCACAUGGCAGGCCUCUUAAGUCUCUACAAAAUUCCACAGAUUUCAUAUGGGUCAUUUGCCCCAGAAAAGAAGUAUGAAACUGGGAUGCCUUCCUUUUACCGCAUUGUCCCCAAUGAAGCCCAUCAGAGUUUGGGGAUUAUUCACGUGCUACGACAUUUUGGGUGGACCUGGGUUGGCCUCUUCAUUGUAGAAGAUGAAAGUGGAACACUUUUCCUCCAGGGCUUGCAGUCCUUGUUUUCCAAGAAUGGAAUCUGUACAGCCUUCAUUGAAAGAACUCCAAAACAAGCUCAUACGAAUCACUAUGAAGAAACAUUGCAAACAGCUGAAAAAUAUAAUCUACAUGUGACACAGGGAACAUCCAGAGUCUUUAUUGUUUAUGGAGAAACAACUUCAUUCAUUUGGUUGACCUUGAUGAUAGAAGCAGUCAGUAGUGAAUCUGAAGAACUUUUCCCAGUUGGAAAUGUGUGGAUCAUGACAGCCCAGAUGGAUUUUGCAUUAAUGAGCUUCCAGAAAGGCUGGAAUUUGCAGCUGUUUGGAGGAUCCAUUUCUCUGACACUUCAAUCAAAUGAAAUUCAGGGGUUCCAUGCAUUUCUUCAGAGGAUUCAGCUGUCUGGGACACAAGGAGACCUUUUUCUCAAGGAGUUUUGGGAACAAGCUUUUGGAUGUCUUCUCCCAAAUUCCACAGGAUCAUUAAAGGUCAAUAAGACAUGUACUGGAGAGGAAAAGCUGGAGACUCUUCCUGGUCCUUUUUUUGAAAUGGCCAUGGCUGCUCACAGUUACAGUAUCUAUAAUGCAAUCUAUGCUGUGGCACAUGGUUUGCAAAACAUCUAUUCAUCCUGGUCCAGAAGAAAUGCGAAGAUGGGUAGCCAUCUUCAUAAACUAAAGCCUUGGCAGACACAGCCCGUGUCUCUGUGUAACCCUCCCUGCCUCCCUGGUUAUCAGAAGGAAAAGAAAGAAGGAGCAACAUUUUGUUGUUACAAUUGUGUUCCAUGCCCAGAAGGGAAGAUUUCAAACCAGAAAGAUAUGAAUGACUGCUCCGAAUGUCCAGAACAUCAGUAUCCAAGCAGGCACCAGGACCAAUGCAUUCCCAAAACAAUAAUUUUCCUAUCCUAUAAUGACCCUUUAGGAGCUAGUUUAGCAAUUCUUGCUGUAUCUUUUGCCCUCCUCACUCUUUUCAUGCUAGGAAUUUUCAUAAAGCACAGAGAUACUCCGAUAGUCAAAGCCAACAAUAGGGAACUCACCUACACUCUCCUUGCAUUCCUGCUUCUUUGCUUUCUCUGCUCUUUUUUAUUUAUUGGACAACCUGGGACCAUAAGCUGCCUUCUCCAACAAGCAGCCUUUGGCUUCAUCUUCUCAGCGGCUGUUUCAUGUGUGUUGGCCAAAACCAUCACUGUAAUUGUGGCCUUCAUGGCCACCAAACCAGGGUCCAGCCUGAGAAAGUGGCUGGGGAAAAGAUUGGCCAGGCUCAUAAUUCUUUCCUGCUCCCUUCUUCAAGCAGCCAUCUGUGUAGUAGGGAUGGCCAUCUCUCCUCCUUUCCCAGAUCUGGACCAUAAGACCCUAAUCACUGAAAUUAUAGCUGAAUGCAACGAAGGCUCUGCCAACAUGUUUUAUCUUGUCUUGGGUUACCUGGGCCUUCUGUCCAUCAUCAGUUUCAUAGUGGCUUUCCAAACAAGGAAGUUGCCAGAUAACUUCAAUGAAGCUAAGUUUAUCAGCUUCAGCAUGCUGAUUUUUUGCACUGUUUGGUUGUCCUUCAUUCCAGCUUAUUUGAGCAUCAAAGGGAAGUACACAGUAGCUGUGGAGAUCUUCUCCAUCUUAGCAUCCACUUUUGCACUACUUGGUUGCAUCUUUUUCCCCAAAUGUUACAUUAUUGUGCUGAGGCCUGACUUGAAUUCCAAGGAGCACUUGAUAAAAAGGAAGACUUAG